AUGGGACGCCGAACACGACAAGGAAUACAGUCAUCACCUGUGGCAAUAAUUGCUGCCGAGCCGAGCGGUGGCCGCAUAGUUUCGGCUUGGCCUCCAGUCGUCGCAAAGAAUUACGAUACGUGGAAAAAGCUGGCAGAUGUCUGGAACCUACUGGAUGCAACUUUGGAAAAAAGAGCGGGCUCUGGACAGUUUUUCAGAACGGCGAACUCGAAAAUCGAGGAUGGCAAAGUAUUUUGCGAGCUGGGAGUACCAGAAGCGUCACUGUCAUAUCACGGAACCGAUUGCACAGUGGCCUGUGCAAAGAUUUUGUAUGAAGCGAUUAAAAGAAAAACGGCUGAUUUGAUACCGUUACCGGAACUCAAGAGGAUGGAGCCCCAGCUGCUGAGGACAGCAGCUUCGGAGAGGGGAGGCAUGAUAGGAACUGUCGAUGGAUCGAAGCAGGGCCAUCGGUCGCGGGAGCCGGACGCCACGCGCUGCUCGGUUGGCGAUGAGACAGCUGUCCAGAUCUGCAUCAGGCGCAGGGCUUUCCGACAAACAGGAAUGAUGGAAACUGAAUCAAAGGCAGUUGGAGCCACAAUUCGUACGGGGCAGAUCCGCUUCCAAAUGGCUCCGCCGUUUCGGGAAGGGGUCGAGUGCAUAGCACAUCACCGAAGGAUCGAUCAGUUC